AUGCAGACUAUCCUGGCAGUGACUGCUAUCGACCGGCUUUGUGGAAAGCUAAUAACACCCAAGGGAAAUUUCGGCCUGAAGCUUUUUGGGUCUCUGAACCCUGACACCAAGCUCUUGGACGAGCUGUAUACGCUUCCACUGCAUUCUCUUCCUGUGGAAGCACCAUGGUGUCUCAACUCAUUUUGCACGAGCGGAUUGAAACCAAGCCUUCCCCCCUCCACCUCUUCCUCCACCCUCGUUCCCCCCAUCAUUUCCUCCCCCUCCGUCCCUUCUUCUUCCCCACCCCCCCCCUCUCUCAUCUACCUCCCCCUCCCCCCCCCCCUUCCCCUCCCCUCCACCCUCCCCUCCACCCUCCCGCAGCACCAUGGUGUCUCAGUUUUUUCAACACGAGCGGAUGAAGUUACUCCUCCCCCCGCCCUCUCUCCUCCUUUCCACCCCCCGCCCCCCAUCCUCACCCCCCUCGCAGCACCAUGCACCAUGGUGUCUCAGCUCAUUCAGCACGAGCGGAUUGAAACCACAGUCGCCAAGGCCAAGGAGUUGAGAUCUGUUGCGGAUCGAAUGGUCACUCUCGCAAAGGAGGGCACGCUGCAAUCACGCAGGGAGGCAGCGGCAGUGGUGAGAGGGAAGGAUGUGUUACAAAAGCUUUUCUACGACCUGUCAGAGAGAUACAAGGAUAGAGCAGGAGGCUACACUCGAGUGCUCCCAACACGGACACGCGUUGGGGAUGCGGCUCCCAUGGCUUAUAUCGAGUACAUCGACCGUCCCGAUGAGCUUCGCCGCAGCCGGCCCCCAUCGAUUCCACCGCCCCCCUCCGAGCCCCAGGCCCCCUGGGUGCUCUCCGCCCUCAGAAGACACUGGGCUCCCCCUGCUGCUGCCCCACCCGCUCCUGGGGCCGCCUCUGAGCCCCAGGCGCCCUGGGUGCUCUCCGCCCUCCUAUCCGCCUCUGAGCCCCAGGCCCCCUGGGUGCUCUCCGCCCUCCUAUCCGCCUCUGAGCCCCAGGCCCCCUGGGUGCUCUCCGCCCUCCUAUCCGCCUCUGAGCCCCAGGCCCCCUGGGUGCUCUCCGCCCUCCUAUCCGCCUCUGAGCCCCAGGCCCCCUGGGUGCUCUCCGCCCUCCUAUCCGCCUCUGAGCCCCAGGCCCCCUGGGUGCUCUCCGCCCUCCUAUCCGCCUCUGAGCCCCAGGCCCCCUGGCGAAUGGCUGUCGAUAACGAACCAGCUUCUAGCGCGGAUGCGCGGGAAGUCGUGGCGGAGCUGCGCCAACGGCUGCUCGACCGCGCGCUGCCCAUCGAGCAGCGCAUCCGCGCGCUCUUCUCUUUGCGCAACCUCAAGGGGGAAGCUCCGCAGCAGGCACUUAUAGAAGGCAUGGAGGACAAGUCAGUGCUGUUGGCCCACGAGGCAGCGUUUGCUCUUGGGCAGAUGGGCGAUGUUUUUUCGGUGCCCGCACUUACCCGGGUGCUCAAAGACUCGUCUUACCACCCCAUUAUUCGACACGAGGCAGCAGAGGCUCUGGGAGCCAUUGGCGAAGCCUCCUCCCUCCCGCUCCUCCAAACCUAUCUUGCCGACCCUGCUCCUGAGGUUCGGGAGACGUGCCAGCUGGCGGUUCGGCGGCUACAGGACAGCCUAGCUGCAGCUGAGGCAGGGGGGGAAGGGGAGAGGAAGGGGGAGGGAGGAGCAGAGGAGGAGGGGAAGGGGAAGGGGGAGAAUGAGGGUGAGGGGCAAGGGGAGGGAGAGGGAAAGCGGUUCAUGUCUGUAGACCCUGCUGGGAGUGCACCCAAGAACGCGAACACAGAGGAUCUCAGGAAGAUUCUUCUACAGGAGGACGUAGACAUGUAUGACCGAUACGGUGCUCUGCGAAUGCAGCGGUGGGAGCAAUCGUUGAGGCUCUAG